GGAAGAUUCUAAUUAAACACCAACCAAGUAUUGAUACCCUUGUUUCCUUUUGCUUCUUGUUUGGGUGGAAUUAGCUCGUACUUUGAGUAGAAAAGAAGUGUUUUCUUCGUUUUAGCAUUUAAAAUUGUAAGGAACGAUAUGGGGGAGUACUUUCAAUCUUCCUCCUUCCAUUUAUUUUGAUUUCCUUUCUUGUUUAUCUUCUUCAAGGGGACUCCUGUUGUGGGUUUGGCCAGUUACGUGGUUUGUUUAUCAAGAAUGAAAAUUUAUUAAAUGUUCUUUUUUUCUUUGGGAGUUGGGAAUGCGUCAUGACUAUUUAUUUAAUUAAGGAAGAACAAAUAUCACAGGAGUAGUGAGGAGGCUUAUAAGAAGAGAUGUUAAAUAUGUUGGUCUAGAACAACAAAAGGGAAAUUAUAUUUUUGUGUUUCUAUUUUGGUUGGCUACUUUGGAUUGGAUAUCUAACUUAGAUUUUGGCCAUUAUCAUCAGCAUCGUCAUGUCUUCAUCAAACAGACACUGGCCUAGCAUAUUCAAAUCCAAGCCCUGCAACGCUCACCAUCAAUGGCAGCACGACACCAACCCGUUUCUCAUGUCAACUGGUUGCCAAAAAGCCCCUUACGCCUCAGUUGCAGGAUAUGAAGAGCGUAGUCCGGAGCCGAAACCGAGAUGGAAUCCGAAACCCGAACAAAUUCUCAUACUGGAAGCCAUAUUCAAUUCAGGGAUGGUUAACCCACCUAGGGAUGAGAUAAGGAAAAUCAGAGCUCAACUGCAAGAGUAUGGCCAAGUAGGCGAUGCCAAUGUCUUUUACUGGUUCCAGAACAGAAAAUCAAGAAGCAAACACAAGAUGCGCAAUCUCCAAAACUCUAAACAACAGUCUCAGCAGAACCAAAAAAUCCCUCCCAUCACUAAUAUUACCACCAUCACUGCACCUUCCUCUUCAUCCUCCUCAUCCGAGAAGUCCUCGCCAAAAGGAGCUAACAGAAACAGUACUCUCUCUUUGAGUUCUGCAAAUAUCAUUGACGUUUCCAACUCUGCAACUGCUUGUGUGAACCAGACCUACUUUCAUCAGCCUCAGAACGAAUUCUUGAACGAACCUUUUUUCUUUCCUAUGCAACAGGCUUCUGCAGGAACCGGAAUUACACAAGGGUUUGGCUUCUCAGAGCUAACCAAUGUGAUUCAAAUCCCCGAACAACCAGUUGGACCCUGUACAAGCCUGUUGCUGAGUGAGAUGUUAAGCCAUGGGGAUUCAAGGAAAGAACAAGAGGAAAAGAUGAAUAUGCAGCUUCAGCUCAGUUACAGUACUGUGACCACUGCUCCUAGUACUCACUCUAUUGCUCCUCAUACUGCGUCCGCCAGUGCUACAAUUACUGUUCCAUCUAAUAUCCAACACAUUCACGGUGCUGGAGAAUCGGCAGCAGUUGACCCUGCUAAUCCGGGUAGAUGGACAGUGUUUAUCAAUGAUGUAGCGUUUGAGGUGACGGCGGGUCCCUUCAACGUGAGGGAGGCUUUUGGUGAUGAUGCAAUCUUGAUCAAUUCCUAUGGUCAACCCGUUCUCACGAACGAGUGGGGAUUAACCCUUCAGUCCCUUCAACAUGGUGGAUGUUACUAUCUGGUUCGCUCAUAUUAA